AUGUGUGUUCCGAAGUGUCUGCUUGUCAUUUCCACGCUUUCUCUAAGCCUCGUUCGCUCCUGGGAUAUCGCCAUCACGACGGGGGAUCAAUUAGAAUUUUAUACGAACAAAACGAAAACAAACAUUGAAGGGGAGAGAUUCAGAGAUCUAACCGCCUUGGCUUAUGAUGCCGUCCACAACAUGUUGUUAUUUGUCGAUAAACAAAACGAUAACGCGUCUAUAUUUAGUUACAACCUAUCCUCAAAGAAGUAUCAACCACUAGUUGGCAGGCGGUCAUAUGAGAACAUACAAGGACUUGCCUUUGACCCUAUAUCCGGAAAAUUGUUCUGGACAGAUACGAACGAAAGAAGUAUUUACUGGACGUCGCUAUGGCCAAGGUCGAAGACGGACAUUUACGGAAAAAUCUUAAUCAAAAUGGACCAUGAAGUACCUAGGGAUGUCGCUGUUGAUAGUUGUAGAGGUUACAUUUAUUGGACCAAUACAAACAUUACAAAACCAACGAUUGAAAGAGCACGCUUCGACGGCAGUGAAAGGCAAGUCAUCAUUGACACCGAUAUCCACAUGCCCGUCAGCAUAGCCGUGGACCAAAGAACGAAGCGGCUGUACUGGGCUGAUGAUAAAGAAGGAAUACAUUACGCCAUUGAGACCUCCGACUUUAAUGGCCAGGAUAGAAAGAAAGUUAUCGUCGGGACGUACCAUCAGCCGAAUUCGCUGUCCGUAUCGAAAGACUCAAUAUUUUGGGUUGACUGGGGCUUUAGAUCAGUGUGGAAGCUUGAUAAAGACGCACCACCGUACACUGAACCAGAAGAAAUCAUAGCCUUCACAAACGAAGUUCCCUUCGGUAUCGUGGCAAACUAUCCUCUUUCUGAUGAUAUAGGGGGUAUUCCAGAGUGUCAAAAGUUAUCAGACUAUGCCCAUAAUAAGUCGCAAAUGAACGAAUCGUUCACGAUACCGACCGAUAUUGGUCUUUUCUGUUUGCACGGGGUGAAAAAUGGAAUUCAAUGCAAAUGCUCUCCAGGUUACAUCGGGGACCGUUGCGAGAUAUCCGUCUGUCAGAACUUUUGUUUGAAUGGCGCUUGUGAAGCGACUAAGGACGGACAGCCUACCUGCAGGUGCAAGAACGGUUUUACUGGGCUGCGGUGCGAAAUGAAUGUUUGUAACGGUUACUGUUUGAACAAUGGCGACUGUUCUAUUAGCUCGAAGGAACCUAUUUGCAAAUGUACAAACGGUUUUGAAGGUGACCGAUGUGAAAUCAAGAAAAUUGAUAAAAGCAUGACCACCGCGUUACCAGAAAGCACAACACCAAUUCCUUCAAAGGAAUUAUGCAAUUGCACACAGCACAACACAACUCCCCCAGAUUCCCUACUAGUGGGCGAUGACUUCAUAGACUCAUGCGCCAGUUGGGACUCGGUUAGAGAUCCUAUACUCAUGGUCUUAGGCGUUCUGUGCGGUCUGCUUAGUCUCGUCUGCGCUAUUCUCAUCACGAAAAUCCUUCAACUGAAGAAACGGCCCAGGCAAGUUACAGUUUAGAUCAAGAAGAGAAUUAUCGUAAACAAGAAUGUUACGCCGUUGACUGCUCGUCCAGAUCAAUGCGAAAUCACCAUUGAGAACUGCUGCAACAUGAACAUUUGUGAAACGCCAUGCUUUGAACCGAAGUCAACGAUAAGGCCGAACCUGCUCAACAUCAAACAGGGGAAAGAAGAGAAGAAAAACCUAAUUUCCAAUAUGGAGACUCCUGAUGAUUAUUAA